AUGGGUCUUUGUAUAACAAAACCAAUUACAAAACAACCUAAGUCUUUGAUUCGUCUUAUCAAAGUUGAAAAUGAGAAUUACAAUUCAAAACCUGCUACACUGCCUGAUCUUUAGGCAAAGAUACUAUAAUUGUGGGUGAAGGUUGAAAAGAAAUUGAAUAAGUUAAUUCACUGUGAAAGAACACAAUAAAUCCUAGAAUUUAAGAGAUUGAUUCAAAACAUACUAUAAAAAUAAAAAAAUGCUCUUUCUUUCUCUGAAAUAACAACAGGAAUCAUUAUUGGGUAUAUGGAAAAAAUAGCUUUUGAAAUUGAAGAAUUAAUAAGAGAAGAGUUACUAAUUGAAGAAAUAGCUAAUAAGUUUUAACAAUUCUAUACUUAAAUUCUCGAACUUUCUCUAGAAUACCAUAAUUGGAAGAAUUUCUAAAAUACAGAUAAGACACAAGUAUCUAGUUUUAUUUGA